AUGACUGAUAGUAAUAAUAGUUUGGCUCGUUUUCUUGAUGCUGCUGAAGAGCCUAAUCGAAUACUUCUUCCAAUCGAAGGCUAUGAAAAAGAACAAAUAAUAUCACUUGAAUUAGCUGUCGAACCAAUCAAAUUAUUUUUACAUGAUCUUGAUCGGAAGGUAAAGAUAGCACUACAAAAUUCACAAAAUCCAUCAGAUAAUCUUAGUUCUAAUGAAUCGGCUGCUAUUUGUCUUUAUACAAUGGAGUGGCAAUCGCCACAUAAAAGUUUAUAUACAGUCCUAAAUGAAAAACUUCGCUCUGAAUGUCAAAAUGAUUUAAAACCAUGGUUUCGAUAUUUAAAACUUUUUCUUACGGCAUUGUACAAGUUACCAUCUAUUAAAUGUACGAUAUGGCGAGGUAUGCGAAGUAAUGUAGAUAAUCAAUAUGAUGAAAACAGCGAGCAACCAUGGUGGGGAUUUAGUUCUUGUACGGAAUCAAUGGAUGUGACAAAAAACUUUCUCGGUUCUGCACCUGAAUGUACAUUGUUUAUUAUCGAAUGUAUUCGCGGCAAAUCAAUUGCAGCUCAUUCGUAUUAUAAAACAGAAAAAGAAAUUUUAUUGAUGCCUGGUACGUAUCUUUAUACAGAAAAGAAAUGGAAUCAUCCUGAUGGCUCACAAAUGAUUCAUUUACAAGAAAUCGGUCCUCCGUAUCAACUUAUAGCACCACCAUUUGAUAUAUCCUCAGCAUUUCAUGUUACAUCUGGCCAGAAUAAAUUACAAUCUCAAAUACAAUCAGAUAAAAUAUUAAAGUCAUCGUUACAUCUAAUCUGUCCGGUUGAUGGGUGUUUUGGUACUCUUGAUGAUGAAAGCGUGAACACUAUCGCCAUUCUUUUUAGUCUUCCUGUUGGUGUAGCUUAUUCAACAAUGUAUUGUACUGGUAUAUUACCAAUAAGUUCUCAUCAGUUUACUCUUGGAUUUAUUGCUGGAUGUGGUUUAUUAGUUGGUCUUCCCAUUUAA